AUGGCGGCCGGUCCAAUAGCGGAACGAAAUCAAGAUGCAACGAUUUACGUUGGAGGACUGGAUGAUAAGGUUACCGAGACCUUGCUUUGGGAACUGUUUGUUCAGAGCGGACCCGUCGUUAAUGUGCACAUGCCGAAAGAUCGCGUAACACAGAUGCACCAAGGCUACGGUUUCGUCGAGUUUCUCGGCGAGGAAGAUGCGGAUUAUGCGAUUAAAAUUAUGAACAUGAUCAAACUGUACGGGAAGCCUAUCCGCGUGAAUAAGGCAUCCGCACACCAGAAGAGUCUGGACGUGGGAGCAAACAUUUUCAUCGGCAACCUGGAUCUGGAAGUGGAUGAGAAGUUGCUGUACGAUACGUUCUCCGCUUUCGGUGUGAUCUUGCAGACGCCAAAGAUUAUGCGUGAUCCUGAGACGGGCAAUUCGAAAGGUUUCGCCUUCAUCAACUUCGCCAGCUUCGAAGCAUCGGAUGCGGCCAUGGACGCGAUGAACGGACAGUAUCUGUGCAAUCGCCCAAUAUCAGUUUCGUACGCGUUCAAGAAGGAUUCCAAGGGUGAACGGCACGGUUCGGCUGCUGAACGACUGCUGGCGGCACAGAAUCCACUGUCACAUGCGGAUCGACCCCAUCAACUGUUCGCCGAUGCACCCGUGCCGCCGUCAAUGCAUCCGGGUAUGAUGGGUGGUCAUCCGAUGAUGCCACCGCCACUAUUGGCACCUCCUCCACCACCCUCCAAUCCGGCUGCUGUUAUACCGCAGCCUCCAAUCAUGCCGCCACCACAAGCCCCCAGUGGUUACGGUGGGCCGGGAGCGAUUCCUCCUCCUCCACUGCCUCCACCACUCGGUGUUCAACCUCAGCCUCCACUGCCAGCUGCACCGAUGGGCAUUCCGCCGCCACCGCGCAUGAUUCCUCCACCACCGUGGCAACAACCGGGAGCUCCAGCGCCCCCGGCACCUGUCGGAGCUCCAGCACCACCUCCCGCCCCUUCGGCGCCGUUUCCACCACCGCCGCCAUCCUUUCCACCCGGGGGCGGUAACGCAGGGGGACAAUUUCCACCACCACCUCCCGCACCCAACACUCCACGUCCUCCACCACCCGGUGCGGUAAGGCCUCCACAACCACCACCACCACAGAUGCCGGGAUUCCCUCCAAGACCUCCACCAGGAGGUGGAUUUCCUCCUCAGCCAAGAUUACCUCCCCCGCCACCUUCCGCUACCUACAGUACGGAUGGUUAUGGAGCGUACUAA